AUGGCUGAACCCUCGAUGUCGAAAUCCAUGAAUAGUGCAAGCUCGGCUUCAUUUUCAAAAGAAUCCAAUUCACUAAUUCAUGGAAACAAUGGAAUAAUUGAUAGAGUGUUUCCAAUUUUCGAUCAAAUGAUGCAAAAAACAAGAUUUCCUAGUUGGAUUAUGACAAUAGUCUCAUCUUUUCUCUUGGCACAGAUCCUCUCGGUUACUCUUUGGAUUUACACACCAAUUUUUGAACAGUCCACUGGGAAAUGGGAAAAAUUUUAUAACAUACUAAUCGAAAUCAUCUCAUUUCAAAACCCUCUGAACCGUACAGGUACACUUUCCCCUAUUCUCAUUGUAAAUAUCUGUGUUGCCGUAUUGUCAUUACUAUGGAUCAUCGGCAUGAUCUUCUACAACAAAGUUUUCUACGAAAUACCAGCGUAUCUACUAUAUAUAACUUCAUUUAUCAUUGAUAUAGUCGAUCCACUCUUCAUUAUGCCAUGCGUUUACUUAGUUAAUCAUGGCAUCACUUCAUUUCAGUAUGAAACCAACAGUUUGUACACAUUAGAAGUAGUCAUAGGUGGAGUAUCAUAUGCAGCCCUAAUAACGAUCUUCAUGCUCUCAACAUUUUUGAAAUCAAGAUCAGUUGUUCUCACAAAUCUCACUUUUCCUCUAUUUGAUUACUUUUCCGUCACCACAUGGAUACUUGCUACAUCAUUGUUCUCUAUAGUGUCCGCUAUCUUCGAGUUCUUCGCCGAAUGGAUCUAUGUUAUUGGCGAUGUAGUCCAUAUGAUACUUACCCUUUAUAUUUGCUAUCGUCUGACAUUUGUUCCUUUCUAUGAAGAGUGGAGAAACACAAUAUGUAUGGCAUUUGGCCUGACAACGAUAGUUAUGGACAUCAACUAUUUAGUUAUCUAUUUCGUUGACGCUUUUAAUUAUAACUAUACUAUUAUUGUUUGUUUAGUUAGUAUGAUUGUUUUCUAUAUAAUUUCGAAGAUUUAUUUUGUCCGCAAGAUCAAGAAGAUCAAAAGAGAACUGACAGCCAAUGAAGAACGCAACUCAAAUGUCAUAGAAUACUUGAAUUCAUUAAAACUUUUAAAGAGUCCACAACAUGCAAUGAUGUAUAUUGUUGUUGGAUUGGCAGAAUUAUGUGAUUAUUUCGUUGAUGGACAUGUCAUGGAAUGUGUCAUGAACUCUAGUUUAGAAGAAGCAAUACCAACUGUUUUACAAAUGGUCACUUUAUUCCCAUCGGAAUCCAGACAUCUGAACAUUUUGUACAAAAAAGUUAUAAUGAAAAGGAAAUUAUCAUUGGUUGACAGAUUCUUAAUUUACCAAGUUUUCCAUAUAAAACUACGAAGAUUGAUUUUAGAUACAAAAGAAACUCUUGAGACAUUUUCAAAGCUCAAACAAAAGAAUGAACAAUGCAAAUCAGCAAUCAGAGACUUCUGGGACAAGAACAAUUGUGAUGAGAAAUAUUUGUCAACAUUAGGAGAAAUGAUUGCUGAUAUCAAUAGAUAUUUCAAGUCAACAUUAUCUAAUAAUCCAAACAACUUAAGAAUAAGAAAUGAAUACGCUAAUUUCUUAUUAGAAUGCAAAUGCGAAUUCCCUAAUUCCAUCAGACAAACAGUUAUUGCUGAAUCAAUUGGUGAUGGUCGUAACUUCAAUGUUGAUGUUUCAUUUAGAUCUUUGAUUAACAAAUUCCCAAUAUAUCUUAAAGAUGGAAUAUUAGAUACAAAAGGUAACAUUGUCCGUAAUAAUAAUAACCAAAACUCAAAAGGAAGCCAAUCAUCAGCCAAUUCCAAUGGAUCCACAAACUCUUCUUCUUUAUUUGAAUCAAUGUCAAUUGAUGUUGAAAAACAAGAAAUCGUUUGCAAGAAAGUUUUGAGGGAUUCAAAAGUCAGAUUGGCUUUUAAUAACGCAGUAAGUGGUCUUAAACCAAAACAAAGCAAAUUCAUUGUUAUUCAAUGCAUCUUUAAUAUUGUUUUGAUUUUGGUUUUCUUCAUUGGAUAUUUCUUGUUCUUCAGAUCAAAGAUUUCAUGGAGAAAGACAAGUUACAAAGAAAUAGAAAACAGUUGUUACUCAAUCUGUUUCAAUGUCAUGACAAACAUUUAUACUUUAGUUGUUUUCGCGUUCCAAAAUGGAAGAUUUGAUGGAAAUGAAUUGAGAAUUGGAGAUAUCACAGUAGAUAAUCUUCAACCAUUAGUUCCAAUUGAUAUAACUUUCCCUCAAAUGAUCUUUUAUUGCAUUGAUACAUCAAGGAAAUAUUUCGAUUCAUUAUUAAAUGAAUUGGCAGAAAUGGCAAGAAAUACAAAUGUCUAUGAAAUAUUACCUGUUUUGCUCAAAACUAUUACUAAUUUCCAUGUUUGCGAUGGUGGAGAACCUAUUGCUACUAUCCCUGGAUCACUUAAAUUACAAUUAGCUGCUGUUGAUUACAUGCAAAACUCAAUUGCUGGUGAUUAUAACCAAGGUGUUUUAAUAACAAACAUCUUCAAAGAUAAUAAUUACUGCCAGAUUGCUAAGAAUAUUCCAACAAUUACGGCAAAUGCUGAUGAAACAUUUACAGGAUUAUUGAAUUAUAAUAUCAAAAUGUCAAAAGAUUACCAGGAAUACUUUACAAUUUGGUGCAUUGUUGGAUCUGUUCUCAUGUUAGUUUUAAUGACUGUUCCUUCAAUGGUCAUUAUUUAUACUUAUAAUAGAACAGUUAGAAAACUUAUUAAAGUUUUGAUUAGUUUACAAAAUUCUGUCAAAGAAGAUGCCAAGAAACCAUUGAGUUUAACUGAUGAAGAUAACAGUGAUGUUGAAACAGCAACAGGAAAUAUUCAACAUUCUAAUACUUUAGUAUAUACUGCUAUAUUCUAUUUCAUUAUUAUUUUUGCAAUUAUUGCAAUUUAUAUUUUGUUAUGUUACGAAGGAAUUAAGUUAGAUAAAGAUUUAACAACAAUUUCGUAUUGGUACCAGUAUUCAUGUCAAAGAUUACCUUUAGCAGCACAAAUUGGUUCAAAUACUGUCCAGUUACUUAUGUUGAAUGGUUCAUUAGAAAACAAAAUCAUAACAAAUGAUGAAAUAAUUAAAAACGCUGAAUCUGAUUUGAAGAGUUUAGUAAAAGUCAACAAAUUAUUGGUUUAUGGAGAUGACAAUCUAAAGCCAAGCCUUAGAUACGAUGAAUCAUUUGAUGAAAUACAAAUAAAGAACAUUUGUGAAAUGAAGAAAGAACCAGAAACAAUACAUGACAUGUAUGCAUGCACAGGAAUAAAUAACCUUGUUGAAGUUUUCAAAAAUGUCAUUGAAGAUGUACUUAAAAGCCCUCAAAGUUAUGGUGGAACAUUAAGUACUGUUACAGGAACAAAUGUUGUUCAUAUGUUGAGAUCCCAUUUAUAUCCAAUUAUCUCUGAAGCAACAACAAGAUGCUCAGAAAUGAUGGAGAAAAGAUUUGAUAGAGGAAUGACAGAUUCCAUUGUAUUUUUAGUCAUUGGAUUAGUAUUAACUUUUGUUUUGUUUGUUAUUCCUUGGUUCGUCAGGAAAUUUGUUAAUGAUAACUUCAAAGUUUUGUUGAUUCUUUUACAACAUUUACCACCACAAUCUAUUAUUAAUACUCCUGAAAUCAUUGAGUUCUUCAAAGGAAGAGGUACAUCUACAAAAGAAAAGAUGUCAAUUCAAAAAUCUAUUGUCAUGGAUGCAAAUGAAUGUAUAUUAAUAACUAAUGAAUCAAGUGUUGUUGAAAUUGUCAACAAGAGUGUUCAAGAAAACAUUGGAUUAACACCAGAUCAAAUGCUUGGCCAAGAAAUUGUUAAUUUCGUUUCAGAUCAAGAUCAACAAAAACUCAAACAACAAAUUGAUUUGAUGACAAGUGGCCAAGGAUCAUUAUUCUGGCAAGAUCAUAUCUCUUUCAAUGAUGAUAACAAUGAACAAAUUCCUUUCGCAAUAACAAUGAUAGGAAUGAAAGAUUCAAAUGAUAAUUUGAACUCAAUUGUUUUCAUUUUGACAAAUGAAUUGGAAGAGAUACAAAAGAGGAAAGAAGCUGAAGAAGCCAAAGCCAAAUCAGAGAAAUUGUUGUAUCAGAUAUUACCAAAGAACAUUGUUGUAAGAUUAAAUGGUGGAGAAACAGAUAUUUCUUUCACUAUUAAUUCGGCAACAAUUUUCUUCAUUGAUAUUGUCAAGUUCUCUAAUUAUGCAAGCUUAUUAACACCAUCAGAAAUCAUGUCUAACUUGUCUUUGGUGUUUGCAACAUUUGAUUCGAUUGUUUCCAAAUAUACAACAAUCACAAAGAUCAAAUUGAUUGGUGAUGUUUAUAUGGCAGCUGCUGGUUUGUUCAUGGAAGAAGAUUCUCCACAAAAACAUGCUGAAGAAGCUGUCAGAUGUUGUCUUGAAUGCAGUAAAUCAAUGGAUGACAUUAAUUAUAAACUAAAUGCUUCCCUUGAAGUAAGAAUUGGCUGCAACAGUGGUGGUCCUUUGAUUGGAGGUGUCUUGGGAACAGAUAAACCAACAUUCGAUAUCAUUGGCGAUCCAAUCAAUGUCGCUGCAAGAUUACAGUCAACAGAUAUCCCUGGAAAUGUCCAGAUUUCAGGUAAUACAAAAGAAUUGAUUCAGAACUUGGAUUUCGUUAUUGAAGAAAGAGGUGAAAUCUACUUGAAAGGAAAAGGAAAUAGAAUGACUUACUUUGUUAAAUUACCCGUCAAAAAUGAUGGAGAAAGUUCCUUUAUGUUAAAUCUUGAUAUGAAUAAAUAA